AUGGAUAGGAAAACUAAGAAGAUAUUGGCAAUGAAUGGCUGUCUUCACACCAGAAGUAAUGUUGCCAGACUGUAUUUGUAUUUGCCGAGAAAGGAAGGAGGGGAGAAGGUUGAUUGGUGUUGAGGAGUGUCUUAAGGAGGAGUGCAAAUCCUUGCAUGGCUACCUGAGGAAUAGCACUGAGUGGAUGCUGCGCAUGGUUUUGAAGGAGAAGGUGCUUGUUGAAGAAGAGAAUUUUCAGGACUCCAAGAAGAGAAGGAAAGAGGAGAAGAUGGACGGUUUGCUCGGCAAACUUCAGAUGUGGCUGGAAAGAGGUCAGGAAGAUGGCUCAAGAACGGUUUUCUAAAGAAGGAAACACAGGGCUUGAUCCUCGCUGCUCAAUAACAAGCUUUGAGAACAAAUUCGGUCAAGUACAGCAAGAUAAGACAUCUGAGACACCACUGUGCAGAUUGUGCGGUGAAUGCAACGAAACAGUAUGGCAUAUUGUCAGUGGAUGCAGGAAGCUAGCCCAGAAGGAACACAGGAAGCGCCAAGACGAGGUGGCUCUAUAGGUUCACUGGGAGCUAUGUAGAAAUUAUGGGUUAGAGCGGUAACGAUAUGUGGUAUGACCAUCAACCCUUACCAGUUGCAGAGAGUAGAGAAGUGAGGAUAACUUGGGAUAUAACUAUUUUUACGGACAAGCGGAUGAAACACAAUCGUCCAGAUAUAACUGUAGUACACAAAGACACACAGGAGUGGAUGAUUAUCAACAUUGCUGCGCCAGCGGACCAAAAUAUCCUUACUACUGGAGAAGAAAAGUAUCAAAACCUAGCCCUCGAAAUUAAAAGAAUCCUCAGAGCCAAGAGAGUGACAAUAUUACCUAUCGUGACUAGUGCACUUCGAACUACCUCGGGGUAUACAAAGGCCGGGAAUGGGAGGUUGAGUCUUCCAGAUAUUUUUGGAAGCGCACAGUUAUCAGCCAUCCUUAGUACUGCCCAUAUCUUGAGGAAAGUGUCAUGU